AUGAGGAGGACAUCCGCCGUCGCUUUGAGCCGCACCAGCACCAGCGCUGCCUGCAAUGCUCGCACCCUUUCCCGCAUGCUGGCCACCUCGACGGGAACCGAGGCGCCUCCCGCCUCCCUCUCGACCGGCGUGAGGAGGGGCCUCGCCCUCGGUUCCGAGAUUCCCGUCACCCUCAUCCCCGGUGACGCUCUGCGCGUGCCCAUCAAGUGGGAGGUCUUCGAGCGUGUCGGCGACAUCACCCAGAACUUCGAUCUGCUGACCUCGCUUGCCAGGAACCAGCUCUGCCUGAAGGGUCAGCUCAAGACCGACUACGAGGACAGCGAGCACUUUAAGAACAACAACCUUGUUCUCCGCAAGUCCCUCAACCUCUACGCCAACAUCGUGCCCAUCAAGAGCCUGCCCGGCAUCACCACCAGGCACUCGGGCAUCGACAUGGUCGUCUUCCGCGAGAACACCGAGGCCGAGUACUCGGGCUUCGAGCAGGAGGUCACCUCGGGCGUCGUGCAGAGCUUGAAGGUCGUCACCCGCGCUGCCUGCAUCCGCAUCGCCGAGGCCGCGUUCGGUUAUGCCGCUGCCGCCGGCCGCAAGCGCGUGCAUGCCAUCCACAAGGCCAACAUUCAGAAAAUGUCCGAUGGUCUGUUCCUGGAGAGCGUGAGGGAGGUCGCCAAGAAGUACCCCACCGUCGAGUUCAAGGAGAUGAUCAUCGAUAACACCUGCAUGCAGCUGGUCCAGAACCCCAAGCAGUUCGACGUCCUGGUGACGCCCAACCUGUACGGUAACCUGAUCAUCAACGUGGGCAGCGGUCUGGUCGGCGGCCCUGGCCUCGUGGCCGGCGCCAACUACGGCCUCCACGGCGAGGCCGUGUUCGAGCCCGGUGCGCGACACGUCGCUGCCGACAUCCAGGGCGCCAACGUCGCCAACCCCACCGGCAUGCUCCUCUCCGGUGUGAUGCUCUUGCGACACGUGGGCCUCAACGAGCAGGCCGGCCGCUUGGAGAAGGCCAUCCACGAUAUUCUCCUCCGCGGCAAGGUCCUCACCAAGGAUGUGGGCGGCUUUGCCACGACCAAGGAGUUCACCAAGGCCGUCAUCAACCACCUCUAA